AAGGUGGUAUAUAGACGAAAAACAAAUUGAACUUGAAUCAGAAACAAGAAAACAUCCCUUUAUUAUUAGAUUGGGUAGUAUGAAAACUUCAAUUAGUAUCGAACAAACUUUUCCUGACUUGUCUUUUCAACUACCGGAUAUUUCUUUUAGUGAUAUUCAUAAUAAAGUUAAUCAUCAUAAAGCCUAUAUAACAGUUAAUAGAUUAUUGAAGAAAGCUAUUCAGAUUGGAUUAGAUUCUAGUAAUUAUGCAAUACAAAAACUUGAGAACUUUAUGAAUGGUUUUAUCAAUAAUUCUGGUUUUAAUGACGAAAAAAAUUCUAUUAUGGUUAAAAAUCCAUUAGUAAAUUUGAAGAGAG